AUGCCGUCCAUGAACUUGCCUUAUUCACAGCUCCUCCUCAUUCCAGCAAUUUGUCUGCUCCUCCUUUUUGUCUUUCUGUAUUGCUCUCCGUUUAACGGAAAUCAUGAUAUUCCUGUUUCCAAUCUGUCUUUUUCUUCCAACAGCCACACCAUAAGACCAUCAUCGUUUGCAGUUAACAGGCUUCUCUCGACCUCCAUGUACAAAAGCAGAUCUAGACAUAACACCAUCAAAAAGAAGAGUAGUUUAGAAAGAAUCGAAGAUGAUUUGGCUCAAGCCCGUGCAGCAAUUCGGAAAGCCAUUCAGUCCCAAAGCUACACUUCUGAUAAGGAAGAGACGUUCAUACCCAGAGGAAAUGUGUAUAGAAACCCCUACGCUUUUUAUCAGAGCCACAUGGAGAUGAUGAAGAGAUUCAAGAUAUGGACGUACAGAGAAGGCGACCAUCCUUUGGUACAUUACGGGCCGGUGAACGUCCUAUAUGCCACUAAAGGACAGUUCAUCGACGAGGAGGAGGACAAGCGGAACCCAUUCAGGGCACACCAUCCUGACAAGGCACAUGCCUUCUUCCUUCCUUUCAGUGUGACCAACGUCGUCAACUAUGUGUACGAACUGAUCCUCUCCAUCCACGACUAUAGGCGGGAUAGAUUACAGAGAGUGAACCUAGCUAACAAUUACGUCCAUGUUGUUGCAGAUAGACAUGAGCAUUGGAACAGAAGCAAGGGUGCCGAUCAUCUUAUGUUUUCUUGCCAUGAUUGGGAGAUGGAAGGAUUAUGUGUUCAGUGCCCAAUUAAACUCGUCGAAUCCGAUGAGAAUUCAUUGCAAGUAGAUUGA